CCUACUUUGAAGAUACGAGGAGUUGUGGGUAAUUUUGUUUUCCAAGAUGGCGGCCGUUAGCGUGAGAAAUUUUCGUAACUUUUUCAGUGGAAAAAGAACUCUAGUCGUUCUCCGUACAGGUUUCAAAUCCAGUAUACCAUGUAUGGCUAUACUGAAUCGUCCAUAUUGUGAGAGCUCUUCUCAAAGUGUUCCUGACACUUUGAAAGAACGUUCUCCAACUAUCAAAAGAAGUCCGUUGUUCAGCGGUCAGAAAAUCACGCCGAAAAGAUUCCAGCUAUCAUUUGAGGAGUUCCAGCAGCUGAGAAGAAAGCUACGCACCAAGCAGAAGCUAGCUGGUUUGCCGAUUGGUGUAACAUUUCUGUUAGCAUCGAGCACCAUCACUGCUUACAUGUUCCCAAAUAUCUUCGAUGCUACUCCGGAGCAGAUUGAACCGAUAUUGUAUGUAAAGUUCUCUUUAAUUCUUAUAUCCUGACACCAGCAUCCAUAUUCUCUAUAAUCUUCUCUAUAUAUUUCUUUUGGUACUGACAAGGAGAAUUUGUUUUACAAUCAAAGCUUCUAAGGCUGGCGAUCAUUUCCUUUAUUCUCAUGAUCUCAGUCAGUGAUUCAGCAGUAUUCCUGUAAGGAGAAAUUAGAUGCUGGUCACUCGUAGGGUUUAAGGUGUUAAAAUACCUUAAAGUAAGUAAGAACUCGUUUUCAUACAUCACAGCGCUCCAUUUACAAUUUUGUACGAAAUGAAGGUCCAUAUUGGAGAGUCAUGUUGUUUCUUUUGCAUUUUCAGAGGAAUGGAUCCAAUAAUUUUCUGUGGUCUGUGUGGUGUGGCCAGUGCUGGUGUUGGGUUUGCUGCUGGAACUGUGGCAUUUAAAUCAGUUUGGAAGUUGUUUAACAAGGACUUGGCACAAAAUAUGCAAGAGGUAUGUUUCUUUGCAGACCUAAUAUUGUAAAUUUUAUUAUUCACAGGUACUGGUGUAGAUAACAGAUUUAUUCUUGUUUUUAUACCUAGUUUUAUUGAAUGAAAUUGUAUAAACUCUGGUGUUUUAAUCAGUGAACAAGUAAUUCUCAGGGAAUGGCUUGGCCACUACCUUGAAACAGAGGAAAGCUGGGAUGAGAAAGAAAUUUUUUCUAGGGGGGUGGUGGAUAGGCAAUAUGAAAGGAUUUGGGAGGAGAAGGGAAAUGAUGAUAUCGCAUCUUCCUAUAUAUCUCUACCCCUGAUCUAUCUACUCUAAAUCUAAAUCAAGCUGAGUCAUCUGCACUGCAGGUUAUGAGAAUUUCUGUUGUUAUCAUAUUGUUGCAAUAUAAAGUUGAACCUGUAUUAAGUGGCAGCGUAUUAAGAGAUCAACAUGUGCUAACUUUUUAACUCCCAUGAUCUCGUUAGUAAUUCUCCUUACUAUCUCCCGUACAGUUCUUGUCAUGUUAGUUUGGAGAAUUUGGCAUUGGAUCAAUUAAUAAUCCCCUAAUUAAUAUUUUUCUUUAUUCUCAUCACUUGUCUGCUUUAUAUUGUAUUGAUAUUGUAAGGAGAAAUUCUGUCUUGGUCACUCAUGGGAGUUAAAGGGUUAAAGGGUCAAUUUCCAAAUUCAUUAAACUUUUCCCCUUAAUUACUGUAAUUUUCACCUCUAUUAAGGGGUUACCUCUUUUAAGCUCUCAUGAUCACCCUUUAAUGACUUCUUACGGCCUGUUUGAAUUGUUUUCCACCAAGCUGAAAAACUCAAAGAAAAGUAAAAUUUGAACUAUUUUUAUCUCCUGAAAUCAAUGUUGGUAGUAUUUUUAACGGAGGUUUUUAUACAUUAAGUGGUCAAUUAUGGAAGAAAGGGUGUUUUUUUUAUAGUUUUUUAAUUAUACCCGUAUUCUGUGGAAGGUAUGAGUGGUCAACCAGUGGUCAACCAGUGUUGAGCAGUCACCCCAUCAUUCCCUGUGGUCAACUGCUCAACCCUUUAACUCUCAUGAGUGACCAAGACAGAAUUUCUCCCUACAGUAUCAAUACAAUAUCAACCAGACAAGUGAUGAGAAUAAAGAAAUAUAACCAUUUUGGGGAUAAUUAGUUGAUCUGAUACUAAAUUCUCUGAACUAACAUUACAAGAAUUGUAUGGUUGACAGUAAGGAGAAGUACUGAUUUGAUUUGGGAGUUAAAGGAUUAACUCCCAGAAGUGAUUAACAAGUAACUUCUCCCUACAAUAUCCAUGCACUAUUCAGCAAACAGGUAAUGAGAAUACUCAAAUGUGUCAGGUCAAAGUUGUUAUCUUGAUCUAACACUAAAUUCUCGUAACUAAUUUACAAGGCAAUGUGUAGCAGCUAGAGGGGAGAAUUAACAAUCAGAUCUUGGGAGUUAAAAAGCUAAUACAGAUUCAACUGUUUAUUGAUAUGAUAUAAUUCUGUAUAUAAGAGGUAGAUAGCUACCCCACCCCACCCACCCCACCCCCACCCCACCCCACCCCACCUCACCCCACCCCACCCCACCCCACCCCACCCCACCCCACCCUAACCCGUGCAGGGCAUAAGUUAUGUGUCUGUUACAAAGGUGAUUUGACCACAAGGGUGAGUUUAGGAAGGCAGAAAAAUAGAAUGUUGAACAAGUUUAAUCAGUCUUUGGAUUGGAAUUAAAAUAUUUGUUAUGAGCAAGAGGACCUAAACCGACUACGUUAUCCACCAGAAAGGGAUUUAUCCUUUGGAUAGCAUUAUCCAUCUUUCGAUCAAUCGGGGACAGGACUUUACUUGUAUAGAUUUAUGUCUCCUCGAGCAAGAAAAAAUGUGAAGAGACAGCUUUUUUUCCAUGUUUUGUAGCGUGAAGCUGAUUUCUUGGAAAGAGUCGCAGCCAGAAGAGCUUCAUCAAAUAGUAAAUUUGAAGAUGAUUACUAUGGGGAAAGUAUUAAGAAUGUCAGUGACUACAGGCAGUGGCUUAGAGAGCAACAGAAAAAACAAAACAUCACGGAUAAAUAUGACAACAAGGAACAAUCUGGAGAACUUAAAACAGAAGCUGCUUGAAUGAGAACAGAAGAAUCAGGAAAGUUUUUUGAUAACUGAUGAAUAUCCCCACAAUCAAUGACAGAUGAAUUCCCAUACCGUCCUCUUAAGGGGAAUCUACAAGAAAGUCAGUAAGGUGUUCGGUUAUGUUCACCUUAAGAGGAAUUUGUAUGACAAGACAUGUAGAGCUCCAUUGUCUCAUCUGACAGACUUCGUUUGUGACAGUAUUUUAUCGCUUUAAAAAAAAAUGAAAAGCACAUGUUCAUUAAUGAGAAUAAUGUUUAGAACAGGACGGAGGGAUGACUGUAAAUGUUGACUUGUUUUUCAGAGCAUCUGUUAUCUUCUAAACGAAAGUCAGAUAAAUUACUUUAUCCAGUGUGUGCAAUAUAUGAUCCAAUGCUUGUUCCAGGGUCCGCAAUAUCGGAAGAAGACUGUUUGGGAACAAAAAUUGUGAUGACUGUUCCAUUGAUUACGGAAGUAUCGUCCGUUAGGGGAAUAUCCCGAAAAUAAACAAAGAACGAACAUAAAACGCGUAUUUCGAGAGAAACCAAAAAGACUAUUUUUUUUACAGUGGAACUCUGCCAACUAGAAGUACUGAGGGUAAACUUAAAAACUGGGCCUGUGUUGGCACAUCUCACACAACUGUUGGUUGAUGUCUCCUAAAAAUA